AAACAAAAAAAAAAAUUAAAAGAAAGAAACAGAGGAGAAGAAAGGAGACGACGAGGAAAAGAAAAAACAAAAACAACACAACCCUCGUUCUUCCCUUUUCUCUCUUCAUAUCUUUGUCUUUAUCUUCGUUUUCUAAUUUUUUUUUCUUAUAUUACAUUAAUAAUAAAUCGUAAAAAAUGGGCUCGAGUAAGCUUAAACGAGCCAUAGGAGCCGUGAAGGACCAAACCAGCGUGGGUCUAGCCAAAGUCAACGGUAGAAGCGCUUCUUUAUCAGAGCUUGACGUUGCCAUCGUCAAAGCGACUCGUCACGAAGAGUACCCAGCAGAAGAGAAAUACGUCAGAGAGAUUCUUAGCCUAACUUCCUACUCACGCAACUACAUCAACGCAUGCGUCAACACGCUUUCAAGACGUCUCAACAAAACCAAAUGCUGGACCGUCGCUCUCAAAACCUUGAUACUGAUCCAGCGUCUGUUAGCAGAAGGAGAUAAGGCUUACGAGCAAGAGAUCUUCUUCGCUACUCGACGUGGGACAAGACUUCUCAACAUGUCUGACUUCAGAGAUGUUUCUAGGUCUAAUUCGUGGGACUACUCUGCUUUUGUGAGAACGUACGCCUUGUACCUCGACGAAAGGCUUGAUUUUAGGAUGCAAACGAGACACGGGAAACGUGGGGCUUACUGCGUUGGAGGAGGAGGAGAUAACGUGGAAGAUGAGAACGAGUCUGAUCUCUCCACGGCUAUAGUGGUUAGGUCACAACCGGUCUCCGAGAUGAAAACAGAGCAGAUUUUCACCAGAGUUCAGCAUUUGCAGCAACUUCUUGACCGUUUCUUGGCUUGUCGUCCAACAGGUAGCGCGAGGAACAACAGAGUUGUGAUUGUGGCGUUGUAUCCUAUAGUGAAGGAGAGUUUUCAGAUAUAUUACGAUGUAACGGAGAUAAUGGGUGUAUUGAUCGAACGGUUCAUGGAGUUAGACAUACCUGAUUCGAUCAAGGUCUAUGACAUUUUCUGUCGUGUCUCGAAACAGUUUGAAGAGCUAGAUCAGUUCUAUUCUUGGUGUAAGAAGAUGGGGAUCGCUAGGUCUUCCGAGUAUCCUGAGAUAGAGAAGAUCACACAGAAGAAGCUUGAUCUCAUGGAUGAGUUUAUAAAAGACAAAUCCUCUUUAGACCAGACCAAGGAAUCAAAAUCCGAUGAAGAGGUUGAUGAUGAUGAGAGAACAGAGGAAGUGAACGAGGAGCAAGAAGAUAUGAAUGCCAUCAAAGCCUUACCCGCACCUCCACCGAAAGAAGAGGAAGAAGACGAGAAACGUGAGGAAGAAGCAAAGGAAGAAGUGAUAGUAGAGAAGAAGCAAGAAGAAGUUGGUGAUUUGCUGAAUCUUGGGGAUGUAAACGGCAAUGAAGCUGUAGAAGCUGGAGAUAGCUUAGCAUUGGCUUUAUUCGAUGGCCCUUACGCGAGCGGUUCUGGUUCAGGGUCCGGUCCUGGAUGGGAAGCGUUUAACGAUGAUGGAGCAGAUUGGGAGACAGCUUUGGUGCAAACAGCUACAAAAUUAUCAGGUCAGAAGACUGAGCUCGGAGGAGGCUUCGAUAUGUUGCUUCUCAACGGAAUGUAUCAGCACGGUACUGUGAACGCUGCUGUGCAAACCUCCACGGCUUAUGGAGCUAGCGGAAGUGCAAGCAGUAUGGCAUUUGGUUCUGCAGGAAGACCAGCAGCAACGAUGCUGGCACUUCCGGCACCAGCAAUGGCCAAUGGAAAGAGCAAUGUCACUGUCGGGAUGGAUCCAUUUGCAGCGUCCUUGGAGGUUGCGCCGCCACCGUAUGUGCAGAUGAAUGAUAUGGAGAAGAAACAGAGAAUGUUGAUGGAAGAGCAGAUGAUGUGGGAUCAAUACUCAAGAGAAGGAAGACAAGGACAUAUGAAUUUAAGACAAAACCAAAACCAACCUAGUUACUCUUCUUAUGCAUCUCAAUAUUGAUUAUGCACCAUGGAAGGAGUUCUUCUUUGAGUUGUAUCAGUUUUUUUUUUGGUUUUAUAUAUAGAUCUAUUAAUGGUUUUAUUGUUUUUGCAAAUUCAAACAUUUCUUCUGUUCUGGUAAAUUUGUAUUCUCUAAUGUAACUUUACAAGAUAAACUUAAAUACUUUGUAUGC